AUGGAUAUACAACGUCCAGAAUUCAUUAAUAACACCUUCGUUGGUUAUGUACCAAACCCAGACGGCCGCGGAACACUUUCGUUACUUUUCUCUUGUCUGCUCACCCUUAGUUUGUGUGUUUGGUCCGCUAUUCACCUAGACCUUCCACCAUACGGCGAAACCGACAUUGAAUACACGUACAGAUACUUGAAAUGGAGUGUUCUGGGAAUAUUUGGGCCUGAGCUUGUCAUUUGGGCCGCUUGGCGCCAAUUUAUAUCCGCGCGAACAUUGACAAAAUUUAUCAAGAAGGUUAGAAGCAACAACGGUCGAAACUUACAACAAUGGACGAUGGUUCACGGGUUUUAUGCGGGAAUGGGUGGAUUCGUAUUUGAUAUGGACACCCCAGAUAUGCGGCACGGUCCACGUUUUAUUCCCCAGCGGCGUCUCCAUGUAACACCCCGGGGAAUCCAGCUGCUUGCUAAGUGCGGCUUGCUCCCUGAUAUUUCGCUGGAGGACAUCAAAGAUAAAAGCAAAACAGACGGAUCCGGAAAGCUCAUCUGCUGUUUCCAAGUGAGCUGGAUGGUUGUACAAGCCGCUGUUCGAGUAGCGGUUGGCCUUCCGUUGACACCGCUUGAGACGAAUACUAUUGGCCACGUUGUCUGUGCGUUAAUAAAUUAUGCUCUCUGGUGGUAUAAACCAAGGUGGAUUAAAGAACCAACGAUACUUAGAGGGGAAUGGACCCGGCCGAUAUGUGCUUUUAUGUACAUGUCCAGCCAAGUAAGUGCAGAGCACAAGGUCAACAGAGACGUCUUACGUGACUUUGGCGUUAAGACAGAAAUGAGUGGAGUCAUAUACACCCCUGGUCAUCCAUCGGAUAUCCAGCUCACAGAGGAAUUGGAGCCUUUAAACGGCGCAUUCCCAACAAAAGGCCGUAUCACUAUACGUCACGGUUUGGAGCUAUCAGCAAAAACAUUCUACCAGGAAGAGGCUAUCAACGAGGCUGUUAAGAAGACAAUUUCAUCUGACAUGCAGGUUGUUCGAUGGCAGCUCGCAUGCGAAGCCAUUGAACAAUAUCCUGCCAUUAGAGAACGGCUUGAUGUUCCUCCAUGUGAUCAAGCUGAACUGAGAUAUCGAGAGGCGCACCGACUGUAUCCUGAAAUGCCGGACAAAGUAAGCCGACAUCCAAGAGGCCAUAAACCAAGUGAAGAUAUUAAAACAAGCUCGAAUAAAAGUUGGUGGUGCCCGUCAGAAGAGCUUGUGGUUGAGCGUCCUCGAAAUUGGCCGGGAGAUGAUCUGCUACGUCACAUGCAAGGCCACUUGAUGGGCAUGAUUUUAUGGUGCUCCAGUACAGUAUACGGCGCCAUUCAUGUGGCUGGUUGGAAUGAAGUAUUUCCCACUAAUGCUGAGUCUUGGUUUUGGAGAAUGUCGGGUGUCUACAUUGUCUUCAGUGGAUUGUUAUGGUCUUUCUUCAACCUCCUGGGUCACCUAUCUGGUUCAGUCUGGUGGUUUUGGUAUGGCAUACUGGAGGGAGCUGAGCGUAAAAGGAGUCAUAUCCUUAUUUACGUCUUAUGUUGCAUAGGAGGAACUCUUUAUGUUAUUGCACGGGUAUAUCUUGUUUUGGAGGCCUUCAUUUCCUUGCGCUCACUGCCUGCAUCAGCGUAUGACUCCCCCUCUUGGAUUUUGACGGUGCCUCAUUUAUGA